AUGGCUGCCAUUGACACUUCUCUCAUCGCCCGCGAGGCUACAAGCAUGCUCGUCAAGCGUAAGAACUGGGCUGCCAGAAAUCCUGGUGUCAUGGUGGUGUUUUGCAUUGUCUUUGUCGUUGCCGUCGGUCUCAUUGCUCUCUGGAUCGCCAAACUCAUCUCCCGACGUAGGGAGGCCAAGGAGCGCGCCGCGGCUAAGUACUAA